AUAUGAGACAAACAUGAAUUUUGGAGGAAGUUCCAUUAAAAUUAGUAGCAAAGAUCUUAAAUCUAUUGAUGAAUACGAAGAGUAUAGACGAAUUGUGGGCGAUGAUGACAAUGGAAAACUUUUCACACCCAAGCAAUAUGAAGCUUACAAGAACAAAUACUUACCAUUGAGAAGUCAAAACAGAAUUUUUGUGUCUUGGACAAAUCCAAAUGGAGUGGAUUGCAUACUUUCCGGUCCACAAAGUGAAUGUUUCUGCCAACACCGGCUUAUACAACAUAAGACAGAUUUCGAGACAAUACCUACAGAACGUCCUAUACAGUUACCAUGUAAACAUUGCAGAUGUUUGAGUUUUCAUGUGAUGCCGAAAUUCGGGAGCCAAAUUGCACGAUGUCAUUGUAAACAUUAUGCGACCGAUCACAGUGUGGUAACACCUUAUUUUUGUUCAAAAUCCAAUUGCAAUUGUAAUGGUUUCAGAACAAGUAUGCGAUGUGACUGUGGUAUCGAGUUACAUAAACAUGAAAUGAUUAUGGAAACUGUCGAAGAACGUCAUAGUAGAGGUAAACCAAUAGGUCAGACUUCACCAUAUCAAGCUAUGGGUGGACUAACUGGAUUUAGUUCACUUGCACCUGGUAUAACACGUAUGGAUACAAGCGGUACAGGCAAAUUAUUAUCAGAGGAAGAAAUGAAUAAGUCAAUUACAUCUGUAGAUAAUCCAUUUCUCCGUAGUCAUGCACAAGGAGUUUUUAAUUAUAAGUUGGCAGUUAAUGAUACGAACGGCGCUGAACGUGAACGUCAUGAAGUUGAGUCACAGAUGCGUCGUCCAGGAGAAUCAGAAUUAGAUUAUUAUGAACGUCGUUAUCAAGAAAGACCUCGACAAUCCCCAUUCGUUCGUUGCACAGUAGGUGAGACAUGCAUCGAAGAUAUUUAUGAUCAUCCUGCAAUAUACGCAAGUCCUUUACCUUUAUAGGUGAUUUACACAACCAGAGUUAUAGAUGGUGGACUGUCGUGCCGAAUACUCCCCGUUUGAUUAAUGAACGGACAACUCUCUUUCAGCACAAGUGGCAUAAGUAGGCCAAGGCCGAGAGAGCUUUCUGAAUCCGUGCUAAGAUUUUGUCAGACACCAACGUUCCAACACUGAUGAGACUUCCAAGGUAAGUGAAGUGGUUGAUACACUCGGUAGACUACAAUUUUGCUAAAUAGUUGCUUAACAGAUCAAAGCUGUUUUAUGACCCAUUUAUACAAGCAAAGAUGGUCAAGUUCGGUUCUGAAUAUCAACAGCGGGUUGGAAUGUCAGUCUGGAAUUAAAAAACAUUCAGCUAACGGGUCUUAAACAAUACAAAACAUGUGUCCUGAAUCCUACUGUGUAAAAAACAUCAUAGACUUUUAAUUACAGGAAAAAGCUAAAUACAUCAGAAAACCUGAACAGAUACCUAAAUUUUAGUUGAAAUGUUCUAAUAUCGAUAAUGAUUACUGUAUUGUACUUUACCUUAUAAAUAGAAUGAACAAUUUGUGUAAGUCAUCAUCAUCAUCAUCAUCAUCAUCAUCAUCAUUAUACUACCUACCAAUUCAAUUCCUAGAUGAGUUCAUUAUACAGAUUACUUGAAUAUUUAUAUUUCAUCAUACAUUUUCUUUGAAAAAAAAAGAGAUAAGACGGAGGUUUAAAUGCAUUACAAAUGCAAGAAUAAAACUAGAACAACUACAGUAAUUGGAACAGGAUAAUAUAAAUUCUCUUUUCUUUUAUACUUUUUAUUCAGCUCUUUACAACCCUAUUUGAAUCAUACAAUCAUUAAUCAUUUACAUGUUUUCGAUAUUUAUUUCCAAAUGAACUCAC